UCACAAGAGCAUUUAUGCCAUGAUAAGGCAUCAGAAAUUAGGGGUCAUACCUUCAUACCAUGCUAAUGGCUUAUAGCUUCAACUUGUCUUCCUCCAUGUUCCAGCUCUAUUUAUCAUUCUCCUCUACAUCCAGCUGCCAGCUCUAGGCUUCUGCUUGAUAGCAUAUUGCACUACUCCAAUGGGGCGAUCACCGUGUUGUGAGAAGAUUGGCCUAAAGAAAGGUCCAUGGACACCAGAGGAAGACCAGAAGCUGCUCGCUUACAUUGAGGAGCAUGGACACGGCAGCUGGCGAGCAUUGCCUGCAAAAGCCGGUUUGCAGAGGUGCGGCAAGAGUUGCAGAUUGCGAUGGACAAACUACUUGAGACCAGACAUCAAGAGGGGCAAGUUCAGCUUACAGGAAGAGCAGACAAUCAUCCAACUUCAUGCUCUUCUCGGAAACAGGUGGUCUGCCAUUGCAACACAUCUACCAAAGCGCACUGACAAUGAGAUCAAGAACUAUUGGAACACCCACCUGAAGAAGAGGCUAGCCAAGAUGGGAAUUGAUCCUGUCACCCACAAAGCCAUCAACGGCACUCUCAACAGCACAGCAGGAGACAAAUCAGCCAAAGCCACAGCCAGUCUCAGCCACAUGGCUCAGUGGGAGAGUGCCCGUCUCGAGGCUGAGGCACGGCUUGCUCGAGAAUCCAAGAUGCGCAUAGCAGCUUCUGCACCAAGCAAACUCCAUGCACGGUCAACCAACCCACCUGCUUCAACUUCUUCUCCAUGCUUCGAUGUGUUGAAUGCAUGGCAGAGUGCAAAAAUAGACCUGGAGUCGCCCACCUCAACACUGACUUUCACAGGGAGUAAUGCUAGCAUGCUGCCAUUCACAAUGACAACGGGCCUAGAAUUAUCCGAAAGCAACUCCAAUGUGUGGCAGCAAAGAAGCGAUGAACUGGAGGGUGAAGAAAGUGAGUGGAAGUUCAUUAGCAAGCAACAAAUGCCGGGACUGGAUGGCAAAGAGACAGAAGAACAAUUAAUUGGCUAUGAGGAGUCAUGGUUCCCAGGGACAGCCAAUAUCGGAGCUGGCUUCACAGGCAUGCUGCUUGAUGGAUCCAAUGUGCAUGAUACAUCAGAAUGCUGGGGUGAGUCCAACAAUGGUCAAGAUGAGCAAAGAAGCCAGGUGUCAGAAGAUGCAGAGAAUAAGAAUUAUUGGAAUGGCAUCUUCAGUAUGGUGAAUACAGAGCAGCCAUCCCAGCAGCCACCUUUGCUCUAGAGCAGAGUCCUCUCCACUUUUAAAGAAAGGCCUUCUGAGAAAAACCAUUGGAUCAUCCAAUAUCAAAAGAAAACUAAAAGAGCACAGCAAAUAGAUGCCACAAGUCUACAACUGCUUCAUAGUUUGCAAAUUUUUCCUCCACGCAUUUGUGAAAUAUUAGAUAUUGUGGGCCUGUGGGGAUGUAGUAAAUAAACCAGAUUGCAACUUGUCA